AUGGACGGCCCCAAGGUGGCGCUUGUGACAGGCUGCUCUGAGGGGGGUAUCGGGGCGGCUUUGUGCGAGGCCCUGCUCAAGCGGGGGUGCCGUGUCUUUGCCACCGCGCGGCGGCUGGAGAGUAUGACGAAGUUGGAGGCGCUUGGGUGCUGUGUGGUACAGCUGGACGUGUGUGAGGAGGCGUCCAUAAGGGACUGUGUGGAGACGGUGGUGGCAAAAGCGGGCAGGGUGGAUAUUCUGGUCAACAACGCGGGCGUCGGCGCCGUCGGCCCUCUGAUGGACCUCCCAAUGGAGGCCAUGCGCCAGCUGUUUGAGACCAAUGUGUACGGGACAGUCGCUGUCAGCCAGGCCGUCUUUCCAAUUAUGGCGAAGCAGGGGGGGGGCACGAUUGCCAAUAUUGGCAGCAUUGUUGGAUGGAUGGCCACCCCCUGGACCGCCGCAUAUUGCGCGAGUAAGGCCGCGAUCCAGUCCCUGAGCGACAGCAUGCGCCUCGAGAUGAAGCCGUUUGGAGUCGACGUGGUCCUGAUCAAUCCGGGGGUGGUCGAGACUAACCUUGGGCAGAACAACGCCAGCCGCCAGCACCUCAAUCGAAACGGCCACUUUGCGCCGUUCGAGGAGGCAAUCCGGACAAAAGCCGUGUUCGCGCACAAGCGAGGCGCGACGCCGGCAAAUGUCUUCGCCGAAAAGGCCGCGGCGACCCUUCUGAAGCCUAAGCCCCCCCGGCACUGGUUCUUUGGCCAACAUUCUUUGACCCUCUUCAUAGUUAGCCACGUGUUACCACUGCUGUGCCGAGACUGGAUCCUUGCACGUCAGUUCGGCUUGAACGUACGGAUAACGGGCAGCCAGGCACCUACUUAUUGGAAGGGAAAUCGACCAAACAGUGGAGACGAGUCGAUGGGGCGCCUGACCCCCGCCGGCUCAUCCUUCUAG